GUUCAAUAUUUUUGGCUAAUCAAAGUUUUCGUUGUUUACCUAAACAUAUACAUCAGGAUAUAAAUAUAUGAAUUCUGGCAUGAGCUUUACAGACUCAAUUCCAAAUGAACAAAACGAGAAGGCUCAACGCAGAGAAUAAGGAACUUUUUCCAUACGAUCCAAGAUAUUGGAAACAAGUGAGCGCAAAGCACCGGAAAUCGAAAUGUUUCAGAAUAUUAAAUGAUGGGAUAUUAGUGUUGCUUUUGGUUUCAACAACAGUACGAAAAAAGUAUCCAGUAAAUAUUGUCCUUUUGAUGUUAUAUACGGUACUUACUUCAAUGAUGGUUGCUCUUCCAUUCACAAGUUUGGAAAUUAAAUGGCAACUUAUAGCAUGGGCAGUUACUUUGUUAUCGUUUGUAGUAUUUACAUUAUUAGGAGCAUCUAUUCGAAUACGUUUAUUAUAUACAAAUUUAUGGUUUAUUGUAAUCUACACCGUAGCGCUUAUUGUUGUCAUAGUUGCUGUAUUUGUCUCAAGAUAUUUACAAAUAAAGAUCAUAAUGAUCGUUUGUGCUGUACAUUCAGCUAUGUUUUUAAUCAUAGUAAUGCUGAGUGUAGGACAGGCAACAUUUGGUAGACAAGACGUUCGAAUUGCCGGUGAUGAUUACUGUUUAGCUGCAUUGAUUUUGUACACCGUAUUGAUGAUGGAUUGGUUAACAGCCAUUCAAAAUUUUCAAUAUUUCACAAACAACACACUGAAUGAAACACAAACCAAUAAUUACAGACAAGUUUCAUUCGAAGUGUUGAGAUCUAAUAGAAUGCUAUCGUUAUAUUAGAAACAUCAUUCAGAUUUUACUAUACGACUUAAUGGUUAUAUAUAUAUAUAUAUAUAUA